AUGAAUGACAACAAACGCGCACUGACUGAGACCGAGAGUGGGAAUUACUGCGAAUGGCGCAUGGCGCGCUGUCAGCUGCCGUUACCGAACGAGGAAACACUUGAUCAGAAGACAAAAUCAGUGGUGCUAUUGUGUGUUGUCAUAUUCGCAUGUGUGAACGCGAGAGCUGGAAGAUAUUCUCCAGAACAGUUAAAAAACGGCAGUAGAAGCGGAGCUGGCAGUAGCAGUGGCAGUGGCAGCGGCAGUGGAAGUGGAAGCGGCAGCGGCAGUGGAAGCGGCAGCGGAAGUGGAAGCGGAAGCGGCAGUGGAAGUGGCAGUGGAAGCGGCAGCCGAAGUGGAAACGGAGCCGGCAGUGGCAGUGGCAGCGGAAGUGGCAGUGGCAGUGGCAGCGGCAGUGGCAGUGGCAGCGGAAGUGGCAGUGGAAGCGGAAGUGGCAGUGGAAGCGGAAGUGGCAGCGGCAGUGGAAGCGGCAGCGGAAGUGGAAGCGGAAGUGGCAGUGGAAGUGGAAGGAACCUAUGGUCGACAAUCGUCAGACACACGAGGGACUUGAAUGGCCUUAAAUGGGACGAGCAGUUGCAGUUUUUAGAUCUCCUCAGCAGCACCAACCAAGAUCUUUCUGAAGCCAGAGGCUACAAUCAGCAGGUCUUCGACAACCGCAGACAGCUAGAGGGCCAGGAGUAGGUCUCUUGCCCUCUGUGGGCGGACGACUUGGGCGGGCGUAAGGACUAAGGGCCAGGUCUAUGAAGAAAUGAAAUGAAAUACCUUUAUUCAACUUUGUGAAAAAUCUGGCACUUAGGAACAUAAUUUACUAAAAAAUAAAAUUAUACAUAGUCUCAAUAAA